GCCCUCCCCUUUGUUAAGGUGGUUUGAAUUCUACACCUGUCGUUGAUCAAGAGCUGUCAUCGCAGUUCGCCUUCUCUUUCUGAGCCUGUCGAAAUGGCUCAAAACCGAUAUUCUGGAACGCGCCUCCUGCUGCCAUUCCUUGCGCCUCUCUUCUUACCCUCAGCAUAUGCAGCUACCACCACUACUUCCGCAGCGAUCGCGCUCAUCACGGAUUCUGACUUCAUUGGCUACACAUCUGAUGGCACCACAUGGUCUGCAAACUAUUGUCCCUCGAGCAGCGCUUGGUAUCAAACUUCAACCUGGGGAAGAUGUUGUCCAACGACAACAACAAACUCAGCUUGUGGAAUCUGGACGACAUGUCUGGAUAAGUCUGUCAUCAUAGAAAAAGGAGGGCGGAAUGCGACUUGCUCCGGCGCAAAUUCCAUCUGCCGCACAGCCUUCAUCUCCCAAGAUAGUAACGACCAAAACCCCUUCAUCUACGUUGGAUGCGGGACUGGGAAUUGGACUGCUUUCCGCACACCUCCCGCAGCUGUCGUCAAGACUCUCACAUCCAUCGCGAUGCAGACAGACGGUGACAAUAUUCCUACAACUGCCCUAUCCGACAAAACUCCUUCAAAUACCAGUCCCGCGCCAUCUGCGACCCAUUCGAGUGAAUCCGGAGGCGGCUCAUCCAGCAAAGCGUGGAUAGCAGGUGCGGUAAUCGGUCCAAUUGCGCUGGCCGUUAUCGCAGGUCUACUCUUCUAUAUCUGGAGUCUCAAGAGGUCGAAAAAAGAGGAUCCAAGCGCAGCACCGAUGAUGGGUCAACAACCAGUGUUUGCGCAGGGACAGGAAUACCAUCCACAAGGAAGCCCGUACACGGGAAUGGGAUAUCAGCAACCGUACGACCAACAGCAUCCGGAGUACUAUGCUGGAGGGAAUAAGAUGCCGUAUUAUGCGGAUCAGGGGAUGGCGGGAAUCCAGCAUGCGCCGGUUGAGAUCGAUAAUACCCAGAUACAGGAAGCUCCAGCGGAACCUAUGAGUCCGCAGCAGCAUCCCGUAUCGGCGGCUCCCAAGUGAAAUCGAUGAGCUCGCAAGGUACAAUCCCAAGCACGAUUCGAAGAGGCGGAGGAUGUGAUGUGAGUGGAUUGCACGACGAGUCGAGGAAGGGAGUAAUGCCUAUGCGCAGAUGUGGCGUAACCAUCAAGCAGCU